CGCCGCACCAGCGUCGCGCAGUCAGUGGCUCCUGGACUGAUCAAACACCUCAUAAAAAAGUGGUAUUUUUGAUGAACAGCAUUUCGGGAGAUAAAUAGCUGCGUACGACCAAUUCGAAAAACAUUCGACUCGAGAAGCGCUCGGAGAGCUCUCGCUGGUACACAAAACACGGAUCGAGACUGUCGCGUCGAAUUUGUCCACGAGAAGAACGUCAUUCGGAUCUUCGCUGCUGAUCGUUCGAUCGCGUGUGGCUUCAGUGAACAGAAAAACCCCAUUCGAGAUGGCCCUGCUCGUCAAAACAGCUAAAUCCGAGAUGCACCUCGCCAAAAGAGGCUUCAGCAGCGCUGUGCCAACCGUUAAAAUGUACAUCGAUGGACAAUUCGUUGAAUCGAAGGCCACGGAAUUCACGGAUGUUCACGAUCCCGCGACGAAUCAGCUUUUAUGUCGAACGCCAAAGUCGACCAAAUCGGAAAUGGAAAGCGCGGUUGCGAGUGCCAAAAGCGCUUAUGAAAAAUGGCGGAACACGAGCGUGUUAACGAGGCAGGGACUCAUGCUCAAAUACCAAGCACUCAUUCGCCAACACUCGAAAGAAAUAGCAGAGAACCUUGUUCGAGAAAACGGGAAAACGAUGGCGGACGCCGAAGGCGAUGUGCUUCGAGGAUUGCAGGUCGUCGAUGCCUGCACAGCAAUUCCGACCCUCCAGAUGGGCGAGUCGACAGCCAACAUAGCCACGGACAUGGACAUCGUUUCGUACAAAGUUCCUCUCGGCGUGACCGCCUCGAUUUGUCCCUUCAACUUCCCGGCGAUGAUCCCGCUCUGGUCAUUUCCGGUUUCGGUCGCAUGCGGCAACGCCGCCAUUUUGAAACCGUCCGAAAGGGUUCCCGGGGCUUCGAUGAUCCUCGCCGAUUUGUUCACCCAAGCUGGCGCGCCUCCCGGUCUCCUUAACAUUAUUCACGGGCAGCACGAGUCCGUCGACUUCAUUUGCGAACAUCCCGACAUCAGAGCCGUCUCCUUCGUUGGCUCUGACCAGGCAGGCUCAUACAUUUACAAGCAGAGUAGCGCUCACGGGAAGCGAGUCCAGUGUAACAUGGGAGCAAAAAACCAUUGCAUCGUCAUGCCGGACGCGAAUAAGAACAAAACAUUAUCGCAAAUCAGCGGAGCAGCGUUCGGUGCGGCGGGUCAACGUUGCAUGGCUUUGUCGGUGGCGAUAUUCGUCGGUAAAUCGAAAGAGUGGAUCCCCGAGCUGGUGGAGGCUGCGAAGAGGCUCAAAGUCAAUGCCGGUCAUGUUCCCGGGACGGACCUCGGUCCGGUUAUAUCGCCACAGUCGAAAAAACGGAUCUGCGAACUGGUCGAAUCGGGGCUUCGAGAUGGCGCUCGUUUGGACCUCGAUGGGCGAGGGAUCGUAGUUCCUGGUUACGAAAACGGAAAUUUCGUUGGUCCCACUGUGCUCUCCGACGUCAAAGCAACGAUGAAAUGCUACACCGAGGAGAUUUUCGGGCCCGUGCUCGUUUGCAUGUUCGCCAACAGCCUCGACGAGGCGAUAAACGUAAUAAAUGAAAGCAAGUACGGUAAUGGAACUGCGAUAUUCACGAACAACGGGGCAACCGCGCGGAGUUUCACGAGUAAAGUGGAGGCUGGUCAGAUCGGGAUAAACGUACCGAUUCCGGUGCCCCUUCCGAUGUUCAGUUUCACCGGAAACAAAGGCUCGUUCCUGGGCGAUAAUCACUUUUAUGGAAAAUACGGCAUCAAUUUCCACACGCAAACGAAAACCGUCACGCAACUCUGGCGGUCCGGAGACGCCACUGAGAUCGACUCGUCCACGGCUAUGCCCACGAUGCAAUAAAAGUCGAUCGAGUGACGUUUGUUAAGAAAAAGCGGAAGAAAACAUUAUAAUUGAGAUUGAAAUGGAGAUUUUUAUCCAGCGACAGAUUUAGCUGCAAAACCAAGUCUUCCAUGAUGUUCGAUUUUCUACGAAUGAUAAAAAAUCUUGCACACGAAACCAAAACGAAAUAAAGAGGCUGAAAAACUAACGGAGCGAGCGGGUCCCGCUCCGUGAAAUUUUUCUCAACAAAACUUUCUCUAUUUUCCUACGACCGAAGAAUUUCUCAUGUGCGAAUAAAAAAUCCAAUGUUCAAACAAA